CUUUCACUUCGAACGCUGAUGUGAGGUAUCUCUGUGACGGUGCAGAUCCAACGGCCAGGACCACUCCUCCCUCGCCCCCCACGCUUCGCCGCGGCCGCCGGCGUCCUCCGCCGCCGUUUGACCUAGGAUUAUUGGAUCUCGGUCCCCCGCCACCUCUGCUCUCUGAUUCUCCUCUCCUCUAGCCGGGAGGCCUUCUCCUGAUCUCUCCCGUCGCCCACUCCCAUUCCCCACGCUUGGGCUGACGAGUUGGAGGUUGCUGGCGGAGAUGGGCGGCGUGCCCUGGAAGCGCGUGGAGCUCGCCGUUCUCCUUCUCUACGCGCUGGUCUUCUACCUCGUCGUGAUCCGGAGGUCGCUUCGCCUCUCACACGAUUACGCUGGGAGGCUCUACGGCUUACGUGCGGGAUCACUUGCGGGUCAUCUGAAUGACGUGUCUGAUCCUCAAUGGAGAAACUUCCGCGGAAACUUGCCCAUUCUGACCGUUGUAAUGGGAGCAUUUCUGAUUCUAGUUAACACAUUGCGAUACUGCUAUGGCUUGAAGGGGCGAGGGACAGCUUUGUUGUGGCUGAUACUCUCCUUGAGCUAUUUAUGUUAUCUCCACGGUGCUUGUGUUGCCUUCAUUCUUCUAAUUUCAUGGAUUAAUUACUCCAUAGUGAAGCUAUUUGCUCGAUAUAAGUACUGUACUGGCCUCAUUUGGAGCUUCAACUUAUCUGUUCUUAUUCUUAACCGAGUCUAUGAAGGCUAUUCAUUCUCAUAUUUCGGGCAAAAGCUGGCAUUUCUAGACAACUAUCGGGGUACAUUUCGAUGGCACAUAUGCUUCAAUUUUGUGGUAUUACGAAUGAUUAGCUUUGGAUGUGAUUACUGCUGGGCGAUUCACUCUUCUCAUUUUGAUCACAAGAAACAUAUGCAGCGAUGUCAGGUUUGCAAUUCUGGCAAGAUAUGCUACAUUGCUUUGCAGGAGAAGGGGCUCAGUGUUGACAGAUACACAUUCCUAACAUAUUUAUGCUACUUGACAUAUGCUCCACUCUAUAUUGCUGGACCUAUUGUUGGAUACAAUGCAUUUGCAGCUCAGUUAGAAGUAGCUCAGAAAAAUUAUUCAUUUGCACAAAUAUCUUGGUAUGGCCUGAGGUGGAUCUUGAGUUUCCUUCUUAUGGAAUCCAUGACACACUUUUUCCACUACAAUGCCUUUGUAGUUAGCCGAUUAUGGCAGCAGUUAUCGCCGUUUGAGAUCUUCAUCAUCAGUUAUGGGGUGUUAAAUUUUAUGUGGUUGAAAUUCUUUCUUAUUUGGCGCUACUUCAGGUUUUUUUCACUGGUAGGAGGAGUUGAGACACCUGAAAACAUGCCUAGGUGUAUAAAUAAUUGCCACGACCUGGAGAGUUUCUGGAAAAGCUGGCAUGCUUCUUUUAACAGAUGGUUGGUCAGGUACUUGUACAUUCCUCUUGGUGGUUCUCAAAGAAAGCUACUUAGUAUCUGGGUGAUAUUCACAUUUGUAGCUGUCUGGCAUGAUCUGGAAUGGAGACUUGUUUCAUGGGCAUGGUUAACUUGCUUAUUUUUCAUUCCAGAAAUAUUGGUCAAAUCUUUGUCCAACAAAUUUAAGGCAAGAAGUUCCCUUGAGAUGUUCGUUCACCGUGAGUUCAGAGCAAUUGCCGGUGCUGUGACAAUCAGCUGCCUUAUGGUGGCAAACCUUGUCGGUUACGUUGUUGGACCAUCUGGGAUCAAAAUUCUGAUUUCGCAAAUGCUUGGGGAUGAUGCUCUACCUGUCCUUGCAUUUAUCUUUACCUCGUUCUACGUGGGCGUUAAGCUUAUGUUCCAUGUACGUGAUGCUAGCAAGAAUCAAGGGUGAUGGGCCUGAAGAGCAAGGAUCCGGUUUUAACUGUGAUCGAAGAUACAGUGAAGACAAUUGGCUUCCAAUUUUGUUGGCUCUGUUUAGUUAACACAAACAGACGGCUUGUUAGUGUUGGCAUCCGGUUUUGGUAUUUUGCUAUAGACUAGGGCUAAGGGCUCAGUGAUCGGCCUGAUGAAUGACCUGGAGCGUUUUGCUUCUAACUUGUAACCACGAUUUCUAUUCGGAAAAUUGUUGCAUAUGUAGAAAUCGUUGCAAAUAUGAUGAUUCAAUUCAACUGUGAUGGGAUGUAAUCACGAUUUCUAUUGGGAAAUUGUCGCAAAGGUGAUCCA